CUGCUUGCGCUGCCGGAACUGCCUGAUAGCCAAAUAUAUGUGAAGUUGUGGGCUUUGAAGCGUGGUGUAAAGAUUAUUUUUGUGGACGUUUACAUUACGUAAGGUCGGAACACGGACAUUGCCUGCAAGUAAACUUGCGUACGGACACAUUCCUGCGAAGCAACAUUUCUUGCCAACAUGGAAGCUCCGCUCGCCAAGUGCUUAGAGGAGGUCGUGGAGUCUGGAGCGGUUGGAAUAAUUUGCGCCGACAGACAUGGUUUGGCACUGCACAGUUCGGGUCCAGUGCAGCUCAAAUCCGCCGGUGUGAUCGCAACGUUAGCCAGUUUGGCCAAGGAAAUCGACCCAUCGUGCGACACGACUCCCACCAUACACCUCGAAUCCGACUCACUGGACAUCAUGAUACAACAGAAGGAGCUUGUCACAGUUGGUGUCUACUCUGCAGCAAAGAAGUAGUGCAUUCUUUGUAAAACAACGAAUUCUCUUUCAGGCUGUGGGUCCCGCCUUGUUUGAUGUAUAAAAAUAAAGUCUUCCCUGUGAUCGA